UCUUAGCAGCUUCUUCCUCAAAUUAUAUAUUUCUUUAAUAAUUUGCUUACUAAAGCUUAUGGAAAGGGCAAAUUAGUCUCUCUUCCAAUGGGUUUUCUUCUUCAUCAUCUUCUUCUAAUAUUUACCUUUUUUCUCUCUGGAAUGGCAUAUACUAGCACCCCCCAUACUUGUAAUAUGUAUCAUCGGCGGCAUUCCGAAGAAGUCAUUGGAGUCUUGGGCGCCACGCGUUUGCCGGAAAAGGGCACGGCCGAAUAUUAUUCGGCAUGGGCGGCUUACGAUCAAUGCCGCCACCCCUCUUCCUCCCACCGGGACUUACCGGCGGUCACCUUUGCCGCCGGUGGCGAUAUCACGGAAAACAUAAUCAACUUGGCAAGCUGCAGACAAGUUGAAACCGGCAAUUUUCUUAACGUGACAAGCCUCCUAUCAUCCCAAGGGUUGGUUCGAAACUCAUUCUCGAUGUGUUUCGCACCAAACGGGUACGGUAGGAUCGCUUUCGGGGAUAAAGGUGACGAUGACCAGAUAUUCACCCCACUAUUACCUACCUUUGACCAAAGCCCUUAUUACAACAUACAGAUAGAGCACAUAUCUGUUGAAAAUGUUGUAAUCAAUAUUUCGCUGGUAGUCCUUUUUGACUCGGGCACCACUUUAACCUACCUGACCGGAGAGGCAUACACCUUGAUCACCAAAAUUUUAGGUGAACAAAUUUACCGCUUAGGUAUUGUCAAAAACGAAAUCAACACCCUCAACAUCAUUGGACGUAAAUCACGAAGCAACGGAAAUUCUUCCUUGAGGAUGGCUAUUGUUGCAAGUACAGUUUCACUUGGUGGGAUUAUACUUGCAGUUGCAAUCGUAUGUCUUUUGAGAUUGAAACUACUCGCCAAAAGGGAAUAUGAGAUGCAGCCUUUAAGUGCAGCAGACCCGAUUGGCAUUUCCAACAUGUCCUCCCAGUAUGAUUUUGAUACAAUUAAAGUCAUAACCAAUAAUUUUGCUUGUGAAAUUGGGAGCGGUGGAUUUGGUUGUGUAUAUAAGGGCAAGCUUCCUACGGGGGAGGAAGUGGACGUGAAAAGGCUCUCUGAAACCUCCCAACAAUGGGUUGAGGAGUUCAUAAAUGAAGUUAAAAGCUGAAGAAGUCAUUUCAUGGAUACACGUUGGGUUACUGAGUGUGCAACACGAUGCGGACAAGAGACCAACAAUGCAAGAAAUUCUGUUCAUGGUC